AAAAUUACACACAAGUGCAGCUCUUUAGACUAAAGCGAAUUUAUGCUUUUCUACACCGUGUUGAAUCUGCGGAACUGAACUCUGCGCUGGUCUAGCAUGCGGGCUACUUCCUUGUUGGUGAGUCGGUGUGAGAGGGCGACAAGAAGUUUCAACCUCGCAUAAGUAUGUGUGGAUUUAGCUGACAUUUUUUAUGGGAUAUUUCCCUUCCUAAAUCUCUCCAAGCGCACAAAACAACCCGUUUUUAACACAUCCCUCGGAGGACACCGCUACCCGAGCCAUGGAGGUUGAUUUAAAGGCUGUUGUGUGGCUGAUUUGCUAAGUUAGCCUAGGCUGCUAACACAAUCUUUUCAUCACACGCGCGGAACUGGAUUAUAACUCGAGCCUUUUAUUGACAUACUCGAGGCAUUUCGAGGAUUUAUCCGAUUGUUGUGCAUCGGGAUGGUUAGAUGCGAUGGAUUCGCUGUGAUCUGGAUGGGAACGGUCGCUGUGUGAACACAUAAAUGCUAGCUGUGCUAACUAGCGCUUAAAGUGGGUUUCAAAUGUUUUGCUUUGUUUGUACUGAAACACGAGUGGAUAAAAGUGGGAUAUUAAAUGCCUAACCCGGAGAUCGUUCCCCGCGAGGGCCGAGGGAGAAGCCCGCCGCCACAAAGGACUCAGCGAGAGGCGAGACGGAGCAAGAGCCACCGCGAGAAGCACCGGGAGAAGGGCCGGUCGUCGUCGUCCUCCUCCAGGAGAAAGAAACACAAGCACGCCAGGGAGAAGCAACAGCAGUCGUGGCAGCAGCAAGAGGUGGUUUACGACGGCGAUGUGCGGACUUUAGUGGAAUACGACGAUGUGAGCUCGCAAUCCGAGCGUUUCUCCGGGAGCCCGUCGCCCAGAACCGACACACUUUCCGUGGAGCGACUGAGCGAAGCCGAGCUUCAGGACUCAAUCUGCGGAGGUGCUUCAACACCGGGGAGGAGAGAGCAGAACUCCUCAUCACGGAGGAGAGAUGGAACCGGUGCAUCGGCGGGGAGAGCCCGGCAGGAGAAGGAGGUGAAGAGGAACCGAUCCAACCGGGAGCAAGACGUGAAAAACCACGACAGCAACGGUAGAAAGCCUUCAGCCGCGUCCCAAGUGGAUAAAAAGGACUCAAAGCGACAUAAAAGCAAGUCCAAAUCCGAGAAGGACCCCCCAUCUGCGUAUAGAGAACCGCCACAAGCUUACCGGGACGAGCGGGAGGAGCUCCGGGCCUACCGGAGGAGCAGUCCGAGCUUCAAAGCAGUGGAUAGUCCCUACGGGACCUCUUAUUCCUAUGGAUAUCAGUCCCCGAACACAAACUUCCCGUUUAUUUCCCGGAGGAGCCCGAGGAGGGUGUCUCCCAGCUCGAACUACUACGGUCGGGAGUCUGAGUUGUACGGUGCCUAUAACGUUUCGAAGUCCCCGAGCUCGUACUCGAGUAAGAGGAAGCGCUCGCCGUCCAGCCCGUACUGGCGCCGGUCCCCGAGCUACGGGCCCUACGAGCAGGGCGAGGUCCCCGGGACACGCGCCAGGAGCCCCUACAGGAAGUCCCCGAGCCCCAGCCCGGACGGCAGGCGUCCGGCAAAGUCCCGCAGCAGAAGCCCGUACACGUCGACCCGCCACUCGCGGUCCCGUAGUCGUCAUCGCCACUCACGGUCCCGAAGCCGGCCCUCGAGUCUCUCUCCCAGCACACUGACCCUGAAGAGCAGCCUGGCCGCCGAGCUCAGCAAGCAGAAGAAGGUGAAAGCCGCCGAAGCCGCUCGCGUCAAAACCUCCAGCAACGCCUCGACCCCGACCAAAGGCUCGUCGUCCUCCAGCGCUCCUCAGCCCAACCCGGGGUCCAACCACACUCUCAAGAAGACCCGCCCACCCUCACCUCCACCUGUGUGUGAGAAAGGCCCCAGAACGCCCGUGUCUAGCCAGCCUCAGUCUCCUGUGGACCGACCCAAGAGGAGCGCAGACGCCUCGCUGCCCGCCAGGGACGCCAAAGGGAAGGAAGACAAGAAGAAAGCAGGAGCGGUCAUGCAGGUGAAGGAGAAGGAGCGAGAGAAAGCGGCUGUCGCCUCUCUUCCACCGGCUCCCAACAACCUGGAUCACGUGGACGGAAGCGACAGCUUGAAAGACUCUUCAGGAACCACAGGGAAAAAAAACUACAAACCAGAAAGGAAAGCGCGUGCGCUCCUCUCGGACCUGCCUCUUCCUCCAGAGCUCCCGGGCGUCACCCCCGGGUCCCCACACAGCCCGCCGGAUGAGAAGAAGAUGCCCGUCCCACGCAAGAGACCAAAAAUUUGUGGCCCGCGCUUUGGAGAGAUCAAGGAAACCGAGAUCGACUGGGGGAAGCGGUGUGUGGACAAGUUCGAAAUCAUUGGGAUCACUGGAGAGGGUACUUAUGGGCAGGUGUACAAAGCCAAGGACAAGGACACUGAACAGAAAAAGUACAUUUUCCAAUUUAUCAUGCAGCCCUACUGUUUAUUGUAUAAUCACUCCAAUUUUCACCUUAAACCUUUCAUGUCACACAGGUGCAUUUUGGGAGAGCUUUUCACAAAGAAGCCCAUCUUUCAGGCCAGUCAGGAGCCAGCACAGCUAGAGCUCAUAAGUCGUAUCUGUGGAAGCCCUUGCCCUGCCGUGUGGCCAGACGUGAUCAAGCUGCCCUACUUCAACACCAUGAAACCAAAGAAACAGUACCGGCGAAGGCUAAGGGAAGAGUUCGCCUUUAUUCCUCUGAUGGCCCUGGAUCUGUUUGACCACAUGUUAGCGUUGGACCCGAGCAAACGCUGCACUGCAGAACAAGCUCUCAACAGUGACUUCCUCAAAGAUGUGGAUCCAGCCAAGAUGCCUCCGCCUGAUCUCCCUCUCUGGCAGGAUUGUCAUGAGCUGUGGAGUAAGAAGCGUCGGCGGCAGAAGCAGAUGCCGGAGGAUCUGACGGCUCCUAAAGCUCCCCGUAAGGAGCUCGGGCUGGACGACAGUCGCAGUAACACUCCUCAGGGCUUCCCCGCUGUUGGAGGACUCAAGGGCCCGAAUGCUGCCAACACUGCAGCCCUGCUGGACCCCAAAGCUCCCAACUCCCAACUGACUCAAGAACAGCUGGCUGUGCUCUUGAACCUCUUCCAGUCCAAAAGCGGCCCGGUGGGAUCGGCCCAGUUCGCCCAGACUAUGGGAUCGAAGAUGAACCCGGAGACGUUGCAGCAGCUGACGAAGGCUUUACCCGCUGGACCACCGGAGUCUGAACGCCCCCCAGAACCCCCCCUGCCCCCCACGGUCUCCAAACCUCCCCCGCCGCCUCCAUCGGGGGCCCGCACCCCCCCAAUGCCCAAACCCCCUUCUCCGCCGGCGCCGGGGAAGCCCGACGGAGAGGUGUCGGCCUCCGCCACGCAGACGGCGGUCACCAUGCUCCUCGCACAGCUGCUAAAGGUCCAGCAGGGGGCGCCGGGGGACAUCAUGGGCUUCGAGAGCGCAGAUGGAGUCCUGUCAAACACAGCAGGCCUACCUGAGGUCAAGCCUCCACCUGAGCCCAGCCCCGUAUCUCCAGUGUCUGAAGGGGGCGUCUCGUCCUCCAGGCCCCAGGAGCCGUUCUCCAUUCUCCCACCGGACCAGCGCCCGCCAGAACCUCCAGAACCGCCUCCCUGCGCAGACCUGGACUACCGACAGGCCCCCGAGCCCCAGCCGGGCCCCCCCGACGCCCCCCGACCCGCGGACUACAGCCGGCCCCCGCCUCCGUUCCCUCACGCCAGCUACCUCGGUCACAUGAUGCCCCCCCGGCCCCCCCUCGGGCCCGACACCGGGGUGUUCAGCGGAGACAAGGACCAUCGCUUCGAGUACAAUCACCACGUCGUCGGCCCCGGGCCCCCGGCUCCACCGGGCCAAGCCUGGACUUCCCCGUCCCAAUCCGGGGCGCUUCCGCUCGGGUUCGUUCCUCACGUGAACGCGGCGCUUCGGGGCAGAGGACUCCCGUUUUAAACCGGGAUUAACGAACUCGACGAUGAAUACGCACGCGUCUAAGACUCUAAAAGACAGCCCUCAAAACCAGCACUAAACGCUCUCAGAACGUGAUGCUUCGGAGUAAUUCGGGGGUUGUACGACUGGAGGGACGAACUGUUUGGGAUGGGAUGGGAAUUUUUUGGGGAUUUCCCACUCGUACCGUUUCAUAGAGCUUUUUUUGUUUUUUUUCCUCCAAUUGAUUUUUUUUGUAAUCUAUUCUCUACUGCUGUCUUUUAAAUUAAAAUUGUACUUUUUUUUGAGUGUUUUUAUGACCUGUAUUCCUUUAAUUGCGUAAGGACAGACUAGUAUUACAACGUUUUGCACUACUGAAUAAAAGUAGCUGGGAACGAGCGUGGAGUAAUGUGCUGUAUCUGCACAUGUAAAUGACCAGUAAUUCAAUUUAUUUUAUUUUUUUCUUUCCCUUUAGUCGUUUUUUUUUCUUCCUUCCCAAUGAUUGAACGAUUAUGAGCUCUGUCGCAAGGUUAAAAUCACUGGAGGGCCUUAGAAAGACUCCAGAAUGACUGGUAGCACUUGUGUGUGUGAUUGGCCGAUUGAACUGGUGUAUCUACUGAACGAGUGAACGGAUCAAAGCUGUGUUUUCUCACCGGUUCCCCACCAGCUCUUGUCUAUAGCCAUUGUAAAAUUGAAAGUUAAAGAGACAUUUAAAUGAUUUUCAAGGAGAUUAGCAACGAUGUCUUUCUUUUUUUUUUUUUUUUUUUUUUUUUUUUUUUUGAAGAUGUUUUCCCCCCUUUGGCAAAUGUUUAUUAAAGAAAUGCCAACGAUGUAAUAUGUUCUGGUAUUUUUAAUUGUUUGUGUACUUUUUGUACGUACACCGCCUGUCUUUAUAGGAAGUGUACAUGCAUCAGAAACAUGAAGUUAAGCUGACUUAUAUAAGAAAAAUCAUGAACGUGAACAUGGUUAAUGGAAGGAGACUGUAAAUUUAGUUUUCCAAUACUUGUUGGUAAAAUGAUUUGAAUAUGAGCACAAUUGAGACAAUGUGACAUUAAAUAUUAUACACGAAAUGGG